AUGGCGAAGAAAAAGAAGGACAAGAACAAGAAACAAGACGGCUCCAAAGAGGGUGGAGAGGUAAUAUUAAUGCUUCGUAACUUCGGCCGCCGCAUUAUGAAUUCUGAUGGUUUGCAUGUGUCCAGCGAUCUUAACAUGCAUGCUCUGUCAAUCUCAGAGAAUGUGGCAAUUUUGGAAGAUUUGAAAGCGCCAUCUGGAGAGCCGACCGAAAAUUCGAACCUGAACUCAUGCGUUUGCUUGUCGAAUCGAGAUCUUGGUUUUGAGCGCAUCGAAAGAAACUAG